CCAGACACACAGCUUGCAGCGGCGGCGGCAGCGGCAGCAGCAACGGAGGAUCUUUUUACGCCAUACUUACGGGGUUGGCGCUGUGGCAGUGCGGACACGGAGGCCGUCUCAGUUCUGCACGUCUCCCGGCUUUAUUUUCUUUUUGUCGCCUGUCGCUCUUGAGGCUUGUGGCAGAGUGGGUGAUAACAGAAGAAAACGAGAAUCGACAUUUCCAGUAAAGAAGAGCGUGCGCGACGUAGUGGAUGCCGGCGGCUACAUAUGGAGCAGCCGUGCUUGGCGAGCCCGUGACCAGGGGAUGCUUUCUUUUCACGGUCAGGUGGAGGUGCAUAUGAUAUAUGUUGGGUAAAGGGGCAAAGCGGAAAUUUGAUGAAAAUGAAGAGGGGCUGGAAGGCAAAGCGGUGCUGGUGGGAGAAGGCCCCUCGAAGGUGUCCUACACCUUGCAACGUCAGACUAUUUUCAACAUCUCCCUUAUGAAGCUUUACAACCACAGAGCAUUGACAGAGCCAAGCCUGCAGAGGAGAGUGCUCAUCAACAACAUGCUGCGGCGAAUCCAGGAGGAGUUCAAACAAGAGGGCAGCCUGAGGCCUAUGUUUUUCACUCCCUCCCAGCCACAGGACAACUCAUUGGAUGAUGGCUAUCGGGAGGCCCAGCCUGCCUUCAGUAUUCUUUCUAGCAUUGCUCAGCCCUUGCCUCAGCCUUCUUCACUAACAAGCACUACGCCACUAGACUCCUGCCUCACCCCUGCCUCUCUGCUUGAAGAUGAUAGCUCUUAUUGCACUUCCCCUGUAACUCAGACGGUCCCUGAACCCCAGACUAUGAAACCACCUCUAACACUGAUUACUCAAACCGCCAAGGAUAGCUUCUCAUCAGCAUUGGAUGAAAUAGAGGAGCUCUGUCCAGCAUCUACCUCCCCUGAGACAGCAAAGGCUGAAAUGCCAGAUCCCCGUAUACAGUCUUCGCCGCUCCCCACUCCUACAGGAGACUGUAAAGACUCUGGGAAGGUCUGUCCUCAGAAGUUUGAAGGACUGGUUACACAGGAGACAAAAGUAGCAGCCAUAACAGCCUUGGAGUCUAGACAAACGGAUUCUUUAUCACCCAGCAACUUAGAGAUGACUGCCUCUUCAGGUUUUUUGACAGACCUUGCGCUGGAUGAUAUUCUAUUUGCAGAUAUUGACACUUCAAUGUAUGACUUUGAUCCUUACUCGUCUGCCACAGGAGGAGCCUCCAAAAUAGCUCCUGUAACAGCAGACGACCUCCUUAAAACGUUAUCUCCGUACAACAAUCAGCCAGUCCCUCCAAAUCAGCCUUUCAAAAUGGACCUCACAGAAUUGGACCACAUAAUGGAAGUACUUGUCGGUUCCUGAUCAAAAAGGGAGAUUCUAAAAGGAAAAAAAAAAGUUUGUGGAAGUGUCCGUCAUUUGGCUUUGUACAGAUUUUUCAUUAUUAUAAAUGACCGUGAAAGCCAGCACAUCACAAUGUGCAUGCAUAGUUUGCUUGCCUUUGAGACGAAAAAUGAAAUGUAACCUAGGCUUCUACUAAAGUCUGAGUGCCUUCAUCUCUAUGACCACUUUGUAAAUGGCCCAUCGAUUUUGGGAGCUUUAUUUAUUUUUGUUGUGUCCUGAAAUUCUACAUUGAGAAAGACGUGUCUACCUGUAAAUUCAAAAGCCAUGAGCUGAUGUGCUGUGGCGAAAACAAAACUUCAAAGUGCAAAGCACAAAGACUACGGAUCCAUUAUUUGCAUGUGUGUUUCCUUUGGGUUCAUUUGGGAGGAAGGGGUUUGUUUGUUUGUUUGUUUUGUUUGUUUUGUUUUUUUCAUUUUGUUCUGUGUGUGAAUUAUUUUUUUUUUUUGUUUGUUUUUCGUCCUCCCAGGACUUUUCAACAUCUGUCCACUGACUUGUCCGAUGCUUGUCAGCAUUAUUAACUGUAACUGUUUUUAAACUGCUGCCCAGAUUUGAUUUUAUAUUUUUGUACAGAUUCUUCAACUUGAUGGUAUUGUUUUCUAAAUGAAACUUUAAAAAAAUUAAUUGUUUAUACUCAAAAGUAGCUAUUUUAAUAGGAUUCGCUUAUGGAGAUACACCUGUUUCAGAAGUACAAGUCACAAAUUGUACUUUUCUACAAAUUCAGAGAUGUUUUUAUAUGUGAAUAUUUAAAAGUACUUAAGCAACCAGAUCCGCAAUAGAUGUUUACAGGAUGCAAAUUCAUGUUCAUAACACGACGCCGUGGAAGGUCGUGGACUUGAUUGAGAUUCAUGUUCUUCACAACUUGCAUGCGCACACACUCUACAAUGAAGUGGCUACAAACUACUGUGUGCAUUUCAUGGAAUUGGUAGUAAAUCUACUUGCUUUACCACUCACUGUGACAAAAGAAUAUUGACUGAGGACAUAGUCGUUCUGAUUUUAGUUUUUUCCCCACCUAAUUAUUCCUCUGAACCAUAAUGAAGUUUGCAUUUAUUUGAUUUAAGUUUGAAUUUCAUACUUGGUACAGUAUGGAACUGUACCCUGUAAUUUGUGGUGGGUAACCAAAGGGAAGCAGCCAGAUGAACAGAGUGUCCGUGGGUGGCAGGCUGGAACUGAGCUAGCCGUUGAGUAUUGGGAUCCAUUUCUGUAUUCGUGCAUGUCACAUCGCCUGCUAAAAGGUAAUACAAGACAUUUUUAAAGGGGGAGCAGGGGGCAUGUUAGCAAAAGACGACAAAAGCCAGUGACAUUAGGCUCCAUUGAAAAUAAUCCACUUAUCAGAGGGAUGGGGGUGUUCACCUCUGUUAAUUUGUAUUUAUUUUUGAAAAUAUAUUUUUUAUUUUUCUAUUAAUAUUACAAAACAAGAAAGGUGUCUUAAAGUAAUAUAACAAAAAAAUACAAAGAGGAAGUGUCUUCUUCCCAGCACCAUAACAAGGCCUGCCGCGUGCAGUACUCAUUAACUAACGUCUUGAGGCCCCACUUUUAUUCAAGAGGGCAGCUCUUGUCAUGGAGAGUAGCAAGUGUAAAAGAAAGUUCCUCUCCCUGUGGAAGAGAGAACAGGGCAGCUGGCAGACUGACUCGAUGUGACCUCUGCCUUGGCUCCUGAAACACGAGACCACCCCCCACUGACCCACCUCCUUGGCAUUACAUCACCUGGCAUUUUUAUGUGCUUAGACUCCCUCUCUCUCCUCCUUUCAGCGUUACAUUUUCACGCCACAUGGCCCACGUUCGGGCUUUGUGAGCGAGUGGUCUUUGAAGUCAAAAUGUGUACAGAUUCAUAAAGACUUAAUCGCACCAAAACUUUAAUUAUUUUUCCUAAGAAUAUAGAUACUAUUGCAAAUGUAUCCAUGCCUGUUGCCAAAACUGUAAUAGCCUGUAUAGCUUUAAAUGGUACUUUUAGCUGUUUGUGUGCUGGUUACAAGCUAUAGUAUUUAAAUUCAUGCAUUGGGGGAACGUCUGUGUUAAUUUAUUUAAAAUGUUUUGUUUCUUUAGGUUAAAUUAUAUUUUCUAUCAUCCAAAAAAUAUAAUAUGCAUAUUAAUAUAUAUAUAUAUACACAUGUGUAUAUAUAUUUGUAUAUUUAAAUAUCUUCUUGAUCUCUGUUCUUCUCCUGUCAUGGUUCAGAUCUGGUCUCCUGUUCAAAGUUAAUUGGUACUUUAAAUUUCUGCACACAUUUUAUAAGGUAACUGCAAUGAAGGAACUCCUAAGGAGUUAACAGGCACUCUAGUUAAGCAGCACCUUGCUCUCUUCAGGUAUUGUUCUUUUAAUCCUUCUCAAAAUAUCACUAAUUUUCAACACACUCCUAUGAGCCAAAAGGUGUAGUGAAGUUUGGGGACUCGUCUUUAUCGGUUAGUAUGCAGGGAGUCUGUAUUGGGGGACCAUUUGGUCCUUUUCAUUUAAAGAGCUUGUUCCAUUUCAACAUCUCAUCCUGCUCAUUUGCUUUGAGCUGAGAACUUAAUAUUUACAUCCCUGUGCCUGCUACCGAUUUUCAAAACUCCCGUUUGUAUGUUGAUGUUGACCCAGUGGGCUUGCAGUCGAGCAAAUGGCAUCCUGACUCCGAAGACUGACAAAGGUCUCCUCUCGCAUAGCCAAAUAUACACAUGCUUGCAUGUCACAAUCAGGACAUGUGGUUUGCUGUGUUGGCCUAGCUGGAUUUAUAGAGGAUGGAUACGUUAUUGUCUGCAGUGUUCAUAUCCCGCUUGGCCAUUUUUAUUGAGUCAGAGCCUGGAGAUUUGCAUUGGAAUGCACCAAGUUGUGUGUGUCUGGAUUUACUUAAUUGCUUAUUUUUUCUAAAAUUCCAUCUUUAGUACUGACUAUCAAAUCAAAAUAAUAUGGCGCCCUAAAAUUCCAGGUGUUUUCUUAAAAUCAAGCGAAGACAUUUGCAUUUAUUUGCUGUCUUGCUCCUCAGAGCCUCCUUUCCAUUUAAGGCGUGAUGUGUGGCACAGAACUAUUGAAAUAACAUCAUGGGGCAGGCUGGUCGCACCUCUCCACCUGGCCACGUACCUUUGCUGAAAGUUAUUGUCAUGGUGCACGCUUUACAGUCCGAGUGGGGGGGCUUCACUAGAGUGGCCGGAUCUGUGGAAAACGUCUCUGCUUAACGUUGAACAGAUCAGUACCUAUAAAGGGGGCAGUUGAAGUGACAAGGAGGGAGAGACGGGAGACCAAGAAAAACAAACAGCUUUGGUUUUGAAGUGAAUUUAACUUAUUUAUUUCUCAUUUCCUUUUGUAAAUAUAUUUAUUUUUUUUUUGUGAUGAUAUAUUCUUGAUUGUAAUGUGUAUAGAAUGUAUGGUGGGAAUGUACUCUCCUGUCAGAAUGUAUAUUUUGUUUGGGUUGGGGGGGAAAAAAAAACACGGGAAGCCAUUGAAGGGAUGGGGUGGUGGGGUUGAAUUGGUGGCUUGCUUAUUUUUAAUUCAUUUUUUAUUUGUCUGAUCUUGGUUCACAUGUGAUAUACCCUUCCAGCCGUCACUUGAACUUCAGGGACCUGUGUCUCCAGUAUUGUUUCACUCUGUUACACUCUUGUGUUUUUUUACACAUGGUUAUCAUUAAGAAGUUUUCAAUCCCAAGUUUGUCCAACAAAAUAGAAUAUCUCUUGAAAACACUAGACAGUGUCAGCCGGGGCAGGUUUUAUGUAUUUUUUUAGCUUCAGCUACAUUUUUUGGUGGCAGCUUUUGUUCCCUCUUUAAACUGUAUGGCAUACAUCCCUUAGAUUAUAGAAGAAAGGGUAUUAGUGAUGUGACCUGGAUAUCAGACACCCCGCGCCCCGAGAGUGGCUUCAUGUAAUUUCUGAAAGGAAGGUGGAUUUUUCUCACAGACCCAAGCGCUGUGCCUUUUCUAUGCAAUUUUACCAACAUAUUGUUUAGGGGGUGUGGGGGGGACACUCUUCACAUCAAGGUUAGGACUCCAGAUACAAAAUGGGCAAAAUGUACAUCCAGUUGAGCAGUCUUACUUUUGUAGUUUUAUAUUAUACAAUAAACUGUUAUAAAAGAAAA